ACUGACCUGAGAGAGUCCAACUCAGCUGCGAACCCUCCACUCUGUGAUGAUGGUGCAGGUAACAAUAUUCGUAGCGCUGCUGGUGUUUGCGGCCUCAGUCCAGUCAGACUCCCAGUAUUACCUGCCCAUUGACUGUGAUGACAUCUAUCGCCAUGACAACACCAGCUCCAGUGGGGUGUACAUCAUCUUUCCAGGAGGUCCCACCACACCCCUGAAUGUCUACUGUGAUAUGGACACCGACGGAGGCAGAUGGACUGUGUUUCAGAGGAGGAUGGAUGGGUCUGAAAACUUCUACAGGCCCUGGAACCAAUAUAAGACUGGCUUUGGGAAUGUAGCUGGAGAAUAUUGGCUCGGCCUGGAAAACAUCUUCCUGUUGACUAUGAGGAAAAAGAAUGAGCUGCGGGUGGACAUGGAGGACUGGGAGGGAGGGCAGGCCUCUGCCCAGUACUCCUCUUUUUCGAUUGAUUAUGAAAACAUAGGUUAUCAGCUUCACUUGGGCAGCUUCUCCGGUGGAGCAGCAGGGGACAGUUUUUCAAAUCACAAUUCCAUGAAGUUCACCACCUAUGACAAAGACCAGGAUCAGUGGGAUAAAAACUGCGCUCAGUAUUAUCUUGGUGGAUUCUGGUACAACGCCUGUCACAUGAUAAACCCCAACGGCAUGUACGCGCCUCACGGUAGCAUCGGUUUUGAAAACGUCCAUGUCAUUUGGCAAACGUGGAAAGGCUGGAACUACUCCCUCAAGACGGUUGCCAUGAAGAUUAGAUCAAUCUCUGAGUGUCCGUGCACACAUUAACCUGAUUAGCUGUAGAUUAACUAGAUUGUGGAAAUACUUCACCCUCCAUUGGGCCAGAGGAUUUGGGAUGUGGUGGUAACAUCAUCUCUAGCACCUGUUUUGUUCCCAGUGAAUUCCAUACCAGAAAAAUUUAUAAAACUAAUAUAAAUUGUCAGUUAUACCUUUCAUACUCACUGUCUCAAAAAUACAGCCAAUCAUUAUAUUUUAGGUGAACAUGCUGCAUGCAUUUGCUUCCUCUGCUGAUGUUAAUUGUUUAUUCAUUGUUCAGUGCAUUUUGUAAAGUACUUUGUGGUUACUGCUUUUGAUUAGUGUU